AGUCUGAAGUCUGAACGUUGAGCAUCGCUCUUUGAACAAUGUUCUGAAACCAAAAUACUGUGUUCGCUUUUUUAUUAACUUUACUGUAGUGUAGUUAAGUUUUGAUAACAGUAUUUAAAGAAACGUGUUGUGUCUUGUUUCGAUAGUGGGUGUUUGUAGAGCGAUGGUGUUUAUGUUAAGGUGAAAGUGAUAUCGCAGUGCAGUGAGGACGAAGGUACAAGGAUGGGCGUGGGUCUGCAGCCGCUGGAGUUCACCGAGUGCCUUCAGGAUAGCCCGCACUUCCGCGAAAACCUGCAAAGGCACGAGAAGGAGCUCGAGCGCACCAGCCAGCAGAUCAAACGACUCAUCAAGGAGGUCAAGGAUGUCGUCCAAGCGGCCAAACGGCUGGGCGCGGCGCAGCUGGCGCUGGCAAGCAGCAUGGAGCAGUUCGAGUUCGCGUGUAUCGGCGCGUCCAUGACGGAGGACGAGCGCGUCAUCAGCCACUCGCUGCAGCACUUCGCGCACCUCAUCCGCACCAUCGAGGACGAGCGCGACCGCAUGUUGGGUCGAGCGCAUGAGCAGAUAAUCCAGCCGCUGGAGAAGUUCCGCAAGGAGCACAUCGGCGCUGUCAAGGAGGGAAAGAAGAAAUUCGACAAGAAGACUGCCAAAUUUUGCCAGAGUCAGGAGCGGACCUUAUCGCUGUCCACCAAAAAACAAGAGAAUGUUUUCCAAGAGGCGGACGCGGCGAUGGAGAUGGCGGAGCGCGACUUCUGCCAGGCGUCGCUCGAGUACGUGUUCCAGCUGCAGGCCGUGCAGGAGCGCGAGAAGUUCGAGCUUGUGGAGACGCUGCUCGGCUUCGUGUUCGGCUGGUGGACCUUCCAUCACACCGCGCACGACGUGCACCACGACGCCGAGCCGCUUGUGCGCGAUCUGCAGCUGCGCAUCCAGCGUGUGAGUGCGCAC